CCCCACAUUGCACCCACUCCCAUCUCAGCUGACGAUACCCACUACAUCUCGUCGUCGUUGUCAUCAACCCUCACCCACGCUCAUUUUUCAUCCAUCUCAGCGUGUAUCAGUGACCCGAGAUCUCCCUCCGCCUCUGAGUCUCAGCUGCCUCUCGCCCGCGUGUUGCUGUGCUGCUCCACUCGACGACGACGACUGGACGACGCUACCCACUCGCCGCUAGUCUCAUCGGAACAAGUGAAAUCACAAUGGCGGCUCAGGUGAGAUGGCGCAGCGAUCAUCUACGCAAACUGAGAGCAACAACAGAAUGCUGACGGCUCCGCUCCGCUUUCCAUCUUCCCUUCCCUUUCCAUCGCUCCCUCCAAUGGCAUCUCUGCGCCCUGACACCCCUGAAUCGGCGUCCGCUUCCCUGCCUUUACCUCGUCGCACCCGCAAUCGCACAUCAUCGCUGCUCGCACCACCGCCCCAACGAUACGGUGCGACUCUGAUCGCCUCGCGAUCCGACACUUCCGCCGGCCCCUCCUCCCCCAUCUCAUCCACCUCGGUGUCAUCUCGACCACCACCGCGCCGGCUUCGUCGCACUCGCUCCCAAUCCUCUUGGUCCUCCAUUCUCCUCCCUCGCCGCGUACAGCAGCAGAAAGCUGAGCUGUAUGCCAAGGAGCUCGACAAGGCUCGUCUGCGCGGACACUGGAGCUCGGACAACCUUCACUUCGCAGGCAAGGCAAAGAACAACACCUGGGCAGAGCUGCUGCGAAAGUACUCCAAGCACAAUCCCAACCAGUCAGUCACGCCAGCGGUCAGCGGUGCAGAGCAGGAGAUCAGGAGCUCUCUCGCUGCCUUCUAUGCAGAGGAGGGCUACACAGACUCGUCGCACGAGCAUGAUGAUGCUGCGCCAGGCAGUGGGAAGACGGCCUUUGCGCCGCUGCUGCCACUGAACCGCCAGGGACAGGGAUGGUCUGGCCCCAAGUUCGAGCAGUCAACUUUGCAACUAGAGGACCUCGCUCAGCGUGCUGGCUCCCAUGAUGCCGCUCUGCAGGGCAUCACAGCCAUCCAAGCCUACUCGCUCGUCUCACUGGGCAAAGACGAAGAGGCUGUGAGCCUACUCCACGAGUCUCGCUUCCUGCAGACUGUCAACACCGAGCAACUGCGACCAGAAGAGCAAGGCGAGCAAUAUCAGACGGCUCUCUUCCUGCUCGGCUUCGUCACCUAUGGCCUGGCAAACGAGCGACUCCACCUGCAGCGACCCACCGCAGGCUACAGCCCGUUUGCCUUUGCUGGGUAUGCCCGCGCCAUCGAGCUUCACGAGGAGGUCAGAGGUGGCAAGAGAGCGAGCGCUUUGCCCGGUCUGCCGGAAGAUGAAAUUGAACGAUGGGCGGAGACGGCUCUGUACCGCAACGCCUUGUUCAGCGUACGGGAAGGCGACGCCUCGCUAGGUCUCAACGCCCUGCGCGCCUACCAAGCCCAUGUAGCCCGCUGGCCCGCCGACUUCCGACUUCCUCAGCGCACCACCAUCAGCCGCGUCUACCUGCGUACCCUCAACCGCGCAGUCGAAGCUGGCAACUAUGUGCCCCUCCCUUCUCCGCCGGCCAAGAGUACGGACGACUGGCGCUCUCAGGCCUACCAGCGAAGUGUAGUUGCUGGGGUUGCAUCCCGUCUCAAGAUUCGCGACUUUGAAGUCGAGCGAGCACCGAAGUUCGGAUCAGUCAAGAGGCCAAUUGGGAUCGACGCCAAGGGGAUCACGUCCCGGACGGUUUCGCAGCGUCGCCCGCACGCCCACCGCUCCCUCAGACCGGCAUCAAUCUCAUGGUCCAACGAGGUUCAGACCAUCGCUCACGCCGCUGCUGCCACAGUGCAGCGCUCCAGCGAGUUCCCGCGUGCAGGCAAGGUCAACGUCUCGGCUCUACUCCUCUCCGACGAACUCGUCCGCAGCUGGCAGCUCAAUGGGGAACUUGGCGGGGAGCACGCAGAUGACGUCAUCGACGGCCUUUACACGCUAGCCCGGCUCACAUUCCACUCUCAGCGUAUCUCUCGCCACCUUUUCACCCUUCUCACUGCCGCCCAAGCCUACGACGAAGCACGCGAGGCUCUGCAGCUCUACGUCUCCAUCGUCGAAAAGGCUCGCGAGGGCGAUGCAGCAGGCUCUGCUGCGCUGGUGGAGGAGAGCAAGUUGCGCGAGAAGAAGCAGGAAGAAGAGGGGUAUGACCUAGAGGAGAUCAAACAAAAGGAGAAGGAGGAAGAAGAGAAGCCUGAGGAGGAAAAGAAGAAGAAGCGCGCCGCUGCUGGGAAAGGCGGUAUUUCCAAGAAGGCAAAGGAGACUGGCGAAGAGGUUCUGCUCGACGCGGAUGACGACCAGACCUUCAUUGCGACGCUCCUGCACGGCGCUCACGUACUUGCCAAGUAUCUCGGCGAUGCAGAGGGAGCGGACAAGAUGGCUCGCAAGGCAUUUGCGCUAGUCCCGUAUCAAAAGCUGACUACAGGGAGCCAGACGCAGCGAGAAUUGGUGGCUCGGGCAUUGCGUGUCAGCGGGCAGGCUCGUGCCGCAUUGGCGGUUCGUCAACCGAGCGCUGCCAAGCUGCCCGUGCUCCAGAACGAGGCCCUGGCUAUGCUAAAGGAGGCGGUUGAUCUCGACCCUCACUCUUCGGAGGCUCACUACCAGCUCGCCAGGCUGCUCGGUCAAAUGCGAGAGGUGAACCCUGCAAUUGUCGAGGUACGCAAGGCUAUCGAACUCGAGCCGGCCGACGUGCAGGCGUGGCAUCUCCUCGUACUGCUGGUCUCGGCGCAAAAGGACCACAAGGCGGCCUUCAAGCUGGCAGAGGUGGCCCUCGAUGAGGCAGAGGACGACGAUGAGGCUGAUGCGCAGGCAACGAAUCCCAAUCCGCUCUCCACUCCGAACGGUCGCGACUCAUCAAAACCUGUCGCCCGCACCGUUCUCCUCAGCGUGGACUACCCGCCCAGCGCAACGGAGCGAGCCGAAGCCAUCCUCUCCCUCAUGAUGACGCAGAAUGCGCUUGAGGAGAUCGUUGCUGGCGCAGAGGUAGCGCUGGAGUCGCAGAAGGAGACUUUUGAAUUCUUCCACCGCACCCUCAGCCAGCACGUCCCUCCUACUGCGAGCCGUGGCGCAGCACCCCUCCUGCCAGGCAAGACUGCAUUGCCGGCUGACCACGUCAACUCUACCGGUCUCGGUCUGAGUGGGAGUGCCGCUAAUCGCCCUGCAGCGAUGCAGCGCACCAAGAGCGGAAAUCUCCUGGCCACGAAUGGCUCAUCCAAUGGCGUGCCGGCGGUCAUGCCCCCCUCAACCAACACGGGCGGCGGAGUCCUUUCCUCCGCUGAGCCUCGUACCGCUUCACCAGCAGACAUGCGUCGUCUCUACCAAGCCAAACGCGAGGUGACCACCCUCUGCUCCCUCUGGCUCAUGUCUGCCGCCUCCUUCCGUCGGGCCGGCAAAAUCGAUGAGGCGAGAGCCGCGGUACAGGAGGCGGAGAAGGUCUCGCCCGGCAGGUCAGACGUGUGGGUUCAGCUGGCUUUGCUCAGUGAAGAGUCCGGUGAUCGUCGGUUGGCCGUCAACUCGUUGUACAAGGCGCUGGCGUGUGAGGCGGAGAGCGUUGCUGCUGCGGUGCAUUUGGCAAGGAUCUUCCUCACGCAUGAGGACGCAUUGCUGGCUGCGCAGGAAGUGCAAAAGGUCAACGCCGCAGGGACAGGACUGCCUCACCCUCAGCAUCAGACACCGCUCGAUGAUGGGACGCGCAGCCGCAGCAUUGGGGCCGAUGCGCAACCCAAAGGGAUCAGUGUUGGCGGCAAGCAAAACGCCUUCAAAUCUUCAGCAGACGCCCAAUCCAGCCAGUCAGCGCGCGACCUUACCGCUCUCUCCCUUGCUGAGGGCCUUCUCGUCGCCACGACCACAAGCGGAUCUGGAUGGGACUGUGCGGAAGCUUGGCUCUUCUUGGGUCAGGUGCAGAUGAAGACGGGCAGGAGACAGAGGGCAGGAGAGUCGCUGCGAUUUGCUUACGAGCUGGAGAAGAGCAAAAGCGUCAGAGGGAUGGAAGGGGCAGUGCCGAUUUGAUGUGAGGCGGGAGUGGCCGAGCUGUCUGCUGUUUCGUCGUAGCUCACAUAUAUCUCAGAAUGCAAUUCGUAUUUCCGCG